AUGGGCGCAGAUGGGUCGGUUAAACUCAAGCGUAAAGAGCUUGUAAAGGAAUCGAAAGGCGACAAGAUUGAUAGAAUCGCACAGAUAGAAUACAACAAUGAACGAUGGACAACGUGUCAGCUGAGUAACAAACCGCUCCGAGACCCCGUGGUGAGUGAUUAUAAAGGCUUGCUCUACAAUAAGGAGUCGAUAUUGGAGUACUUGGUUGAGCCAGACAACUUCAAUGAAAAGCAGAGGCAGAAUCUAUCGCAUAUAAAAUCUCUGAAGGAUGUUGUUGCCUUAAAGACACACAACUUCAAGUGUCCAUUGAGUGAUAAGGAACUGGGCAAUGGAGGCAUAAACUACGUCUAUCUCAUUCCCUGUGGUGACUGUAUGGCGCAAAAAUGUCUAGAGCUGAACGAUACGAGACAGUGUCCUGUUUGCGACCUACCAUAUGAGGACACCAUCGUGAUUAAUCCAACGUCAUCAGAAACCGUCCAAGAGUUGGAAAAGAGAAUGGAGAUCCUAGGAUCAAAGGGGCUGACACACUCCUUAAAGAAGCUCAAAAGAAAGAAACCAAGUACAAAUAGAUCAAGCAAGAAACAAAAGAAAUCCUGAUAGACUGUUUUUUUUUUUCAUAUACAGAAAGAGGAACGUAUGGACAAGAAUUUGAGAGCAUAUGAACAAAAUAAAAGCACCAUUGGUUUGAAAAACAUCACUGUUGUGGUUGUUGUUGGUCUUCCUCCGCAGGUUUCUAUCAACAAGUUAGUUAUCAUUCAUCAGGGUUCCAAUAUGAUAUACUUACAGCAGCCAAUUGUUGUUGUUGUUCAAACUUCUUUCCAUUCUGAUAGAUGGUCCACGAUAAUCCACCAACGAUGUAGAAACAACCACCAACAAGGGUCAGAACUGUUAGACGAUGUACUGUAUCAGCAACUCUUGUGUACCAUGCGUAUUUAGCCAUCUUUGUUUUGUUAUGGGGUUUGUAGAACUUGGUUUCGUUUUUGUGAUCAAAACACAAGGGAGC